AUGCCUCCUAAAAAGAACACGUCCAAGUCUGUCGAGGCCUCGACAGAGACGGUGAAGAGAAGUACUCGCACCAGCGCGAGGCAGGCCACCGUGACCAAGACUGAAAAGUCUGUGAAAGAAUCUACGAAGCCGGCUGCAAAGCCUGCGAAAUCCACUGCAAAGUCUACUGCAAGUACCAAGUCAACUGCCAAGCCAACUGUGAAGCCAACUGCGAAGCCAACUGCCAAGUCAACUGCGAAGCCAACUGCGAAAUCUACCACCAAAUCGGCCUCUGCUACAAAGAAGCGCAAAGCGGAUGAGGAUGAGGAAAAACCUCGCGAAAUCAAGAGGUCUCGUGUCGCGCAAGCCCGUCAGCCAAAGCCCAAGGCCAAAAUUGUCAUCAAUGAAGCUCCAAAGACUAAGCUGAAUGUCUUUGUCUGUGGUGAGGGCAGCUCUGGUGAGCUGGGCUUGGGCACAGCUAAGAAUGCCAUCGAUGUGAAGCGCCCACGUUUGAACAAGCUUCUGUCUGCCGAAGAGGUCGGAGUUGUACAGGUUGCUGUCGGAGGCAUGCACUGUCUAGCUCUAACCCAUGACAACAAGAUCUUUUCCUGGGGAGUGAACGACCAGGGUGCGCUCGGAAGAGAAACCGAGUGGGACGGUGGAUACAAGGACAUUGAAAACAACAGCGAUUCUGAUUCCGACGAUGAAGACAGCGGAUUGAACCCCCGCGAGUCUAUUCCCACUGCCAUCCCCGCAACUGCUUUCCCCGAAGGCACUGUUUUCGUCGAAGUCGCCGCCGCGGAUAGCGCAAGCUUUGCCCUGACCGAUGAUGGUCUAGUCUAUGGCUGGGGCACCUUCAGAAGCAAUGACGGAAUCCUCGGAUUCGACGCGUCUUCUCACGUUCAAACCACCCCAACUUUGAUCUCGUCUUUGAAAAAGAUCACGCACCUGACUUGCGGAGCCAAUCACGUUCUUGCCCUGAACGACCAAGGUCGCGUCUACUCGUGGGGCUCUGGUCAGCAGAAUCAGCUCGGUCGCAGGAUCGUGGAGCGCAACAGAUUGAACGGUCUUCAGCCUCGGGAGUUCGGUCUCCCAAAGAACAUUGUCCACAUCGGGAGUGGCUCGUACCACUCGUUUGCCGUUCACACCACUGGAAAUGUCUAUGCCUGGGGAUUGAAUAGCUUCGGUGCAACGGCCAUCCGCGAGGGCGCCGGCGACGACGAAGCCGCUAUCGUGCAUCCCACGCUUGUCGAAUCACUUUCUGACCGUAAUAUUUCGCAAAUCUGCGGUGGCGCCCAUCACUCUGCUGCCAUUGCUGGCGAUGGUGAGUGCUUGGUUUGGGGCCGUCUCGACGGUUUCCAAAGUGGCUUGAAGAUUGACACUCUUGCCGAUGAUGCCGUUAUCAAAGAUGAGCGCGGGCGUCCUCGUAUCCUGAUCGCACCUACCCCCAUUCCCGGGGUCAAGGCCAAGGUUGUGGCAGCUGCCUCGGAUCAUUCUCUCGCUAUCGAUGCCGAUGGCCGCGCAUGGUCAUGGGGAUUCUCGGCUACGUACCAAACUGGACAAGGUACACAAGAUGACAUCGAAGUGGCUACUGUUAUCGACAACACUGCUACUCGUGGAAAGAAAUUAAACUGGGCUGGUGCUGGUGGUCAGUUCUCUGUGUUCACAGAGCCUGCCAGCGAGUGA